GAUAUCUGCAAAAGACUACAAACUUAUGUGUGAGAUUGCAGUCAAAUACUUCAAAGCACAUAAGGUUGAGAUUUCAGAUGCAAUAACAGCAUCAUUUCCUUUCCUGGAGACACUUCGUGACCGUGAACUCAUCACCAAUGAAAUGUAUAAAGAGUGUAAAAGAUCUUGUAAAAACCCAUCAACUGUACCAAAAGUGGUAUAUGCAGUCCUUGAUAACAUGGAGGAGAAACAUCACCUGCCACUUCUGGAAAUCUUGUUCAGCAAGGUCAUCAUGAAGAACUACCCUGAUUUAAAUGGCAUUUGUGAAGGCCUCAGAGAUGCGAUCCUAAAGAAAAUGGUUUGUCAAGCAAGUGUUGGAGAUGAGAGUGCAGAGAACCGUAAUACUCAACUGAGAAUUGAACAAGGAACUGGUGAAAACCCAUAUCAAUUCCUGUCCUGGCUCUUCCCGGAUCAGUCUAAUUACACAGGUCUGUUUCCUUCUGGCUGUUCUGUGAUCCUUUGCUGUUCUUGUUACUUUCUGCAAUAGGCUGUGGUGGGUGGG